AGGUCAAAAACGAUAUUUUAAGAAAAAAAAAAAAAAAUCUUGUAUCUCCCACUUCUAUACCUCCUCGCGCCAACCACUAAUCACUUGUUCACUGCAAAGGCCUCGCUACAGUUUAAUUCAAUCUCAGGGUUUUCUCCAGCUUUUCGGCAAUAUUCUGAUGGAGCAUCACGCCGGAAAACGCAGACUCGACGUCCUUGCCGCCCACCUCGCUCCCGCCGGCGAUAUUUCCCCCGCACAUGGCCAUGUUCUCCCUGCGAAUUGUAGUUCUGUCAUUCGAAGGUGCGAUAAUAAGACGUACUUUGCAAGACAAGGAUCCGAAGCUUGUGGCGCUUAUAUGAGGCAGGGUUCAACUACAGAGGGUAAUCAACGGUCUAAUUCUCAGGCGUUUUGGGAUGUCUCUGAAGGACCAUUGUAUUCAAGACCUGCAGAGGAAGGAAGGAUUCCGAGUGUUGGAAUGGAACAGCCUGUGGCUCAGAAUUUCAAUUUGAUUGCAUCUGAACCUCCAUUGUUUGCCAGGGCAUGUUUGGGAAUCAAUGAACAUAAUAACCAUUUCAUUUCAGAGAUAAAACAGCCAUCCUCUGGAUCAAAUGGAAUUGGUGGAUUGUCUCCGAGGAUGGAUGUGGCAGAAUCGGGCCGAGGUUAUGUAUUGACCGUGGAAAUUCCAGGAGUCAAGAUCAAUGACAUUAGAGUUGAGGUCGAUGACCAAAAGUUGACUAUAAUCGGCAAACGCUCAAAUCAAUACUGUGAAGUAGUAGGAUAUUCAAGCGACUCUAUCUCUUCAUAUCACAAGAGAGAGAUUUUACAAGGUCCUUACCAGGUUGUGUGGCCACUUCCAACCAACAUUAACAAGGAUGGAGUAUUAGCUGAGUUCUGGGAUGGAUUACUGCGGAUUACUCUACCAAAACUCUGAGUGUCAUUUUUCUCAAAGGCAUGCGCAAGGUAUAUGGUACGCGCAAAUUGCUCCCAAUCUAAACCAUCCAGUAUCUUUACAUCUAUACAUUACAUAGGUGAAAUAUCCAAAGAUGGUUUAUUUAAUACAUCUACAGUAUUCAUAUGAAUCAAUGUGGAUUGCUGUCAAAAUAUAUAUGUAUAAUUAUAUAUGUAUACGUAUAUCUUUUAUCUGUGACAUGUCUGGUUGUGCAAUGUUGUUUCUGGUAAUUGCGUUUGGCUAUUGGCUAUUGGCUAUUGCUAUGAUGGUUUUUGUAUUCAACUUAUAGAUGAAGUUGGCUUAUGUUA